AUGAAACUCGGAAUUGUACGACGUGUGGUUGAGCAGGGUGGGAAACAUCGAAGCUCUCCAGGACCGUCGCAGAGUGACUCCAUAGCAACACAACCGAGUGACGCGAGUCUCACUGGGAGACACAGCAAAGUUCCGUCCGAUACGAAGAUUUUGAACCGUGCUCGAGAUGCUCUUGACCAUGUUGACGUUAAAGCGUUAGCAGCUGGACCAAAUGCUGGUGGGCCAUGGAAACGAGUGGAGGCAGUCGAUCGCUUCGUGAUCUUCCGCCAAGAAGAUAAACUCGUCGAUAGUGUCACUCGAGAUACUGAAGUUCUCUGUGCUGGUCGUCUCGAUGCCAGUAUCGAAGAGGUCGCUGCAAUCCUGUGUCCACUCAGUGAAGCUGAACACAAUGCCGUGAUGAAAGCUUUAUACGGCAAACGCUUCUUGUGUGGCUCCGUGGAACGGACCAUUCCCUGCAGUGGAGAUACGAUGUCUGGAAAUAGUGUGAAUGGCCAAGAACUCACAGUCAAGACCAGCACUUUCGCUCGGUCUACUAUGUUCGGACCCAACGAGCAGUGGUGCUACACCAACAUGUUUCAACGAAAAGAGGAGUGCGACGGCUUCGUAAUCUCGCAACAAUCUUUGCCAGUCUUGGAACACACCCCAGGACGGAUGAUUGGAGCUCAAGAUCGUGUCGUUCAACUGCACGACUUAGCCGCUUCGUACCUGGUCGACUUGGACCCAGGAAGAAAAGGCCUGCGUGUCGUCUACAACGCCAAAUUCCAGACGCCAGAACCUGUUAGAAACCGGAGCGCUUCUGAUGAAUUCUGCCCUCCUAGUCCAAGGAACUUGACAACAGACGUUGAAUCAAAAGCACAGUCACGUCGACUCUUAACUCUCGCCCGUGGAGUGACCAGGAUCCCAGAGCUUGUGCGUUGUCGUCGCUUCGGCUUCCAGGUGCCAGCUAAUCUAGACACCAUCGAGGUCUCCAACCCUCGCUGUCCUUGCUGCACGCGUAGUCUAUCCCCAGUCAAGUUAUCGCUAUCAGCUGCUGCUUCGGCUAUCUCUCACCGGAGUUUGGCAUAUUUGAAGACCAAUACAAGACGAUGUUACUUGUGCGGAUAUCUCGUCUGUGUGAACUGUUGGCAGUCCGAGCGGAUGGAAAGUAUGGCUGGGCGAGUAGCUUUGAUUGUGGUUUGUACACGAUGCCAAGCGUGCGUCGAUGCGUGUAAUUACUCGGAAAUAUCGUCGGACAGGAAGUACGGACCCCCUCGAGUUGUCGAAGAUACAUCCGAAAGCUCCAUAGCGUCACUGCUAAUUGAUUUCUUGUCGGAUUCACUCAAGCAUUCUACUGUUGGAAGUACAGAGCAUUCGACUGUACUUGCUGUCAUUCGAGCGCUGUUACAGAACGAUCAAGAGAAUGACGGAGACGUCUGCGAUGAUGAAAGGAAUGUAGAAGAAUCAAUAGCGCGAGUUGAUCGGUUCCUGGGGGACGAAGACAGUUAUCCUCUACUAGAAGACUGUACGCUGGCAAACGCUGACAAACGCGACUACGUGUUAGACUUACCUGAUGAUCCUGUCACGUCGGUACCUCGUGGACCGAUGCCGAGUAACGAGAGUCUUCGCCUUUCAACCGCCAGAGACGCGGGUUUGCUCCUUCUUGCGGAUCAACUCGCACCUGAAGUUCCGCGUACUGUGAAGUCUCUGAUUGAUAUUCGCGACUUGGAACUCAUUUGUCAACUGGCAGCGAAGACAAUGGACUGUCCGAUUGCGCUGGUAUCGGUCAUGGGAGUGAACCACGAGCACAUUUUGGCGUCCACGAAUCCACAACUCGCCGGCGCUGCUGUGCCGAGGGACCACACUAUGUGUCAGCACCAGUUAAUGUCCCAAGAUCCGUUGGUGUUCAUCCAUCCAGAAGCCGACGUGAGGCUACACGCUAUCCACACCAUCAAGUUGCUAUCUCUACGUACGUACGUCGGCUUCUCCGUUACGGCUCCGACACAGGACGGGCGUGACCAAAUUGCAGUCGGCUCACUCUGCUGCGCUGACAUGAAGCCCCAUCCAGAACUCACACGCUGCCAGUACGCGAUGAUGCAGAACCUCGCUCGAACCGCGUCGUUGUUGAUGCAGCACAAAGGUAAACAACUCCAGCAACGCGCAGCUCCAGCAUAAAUACGGUAUGCACACACACCGUAACUCGAACUCUAACGCAAAAUACAGCAUGUCAUUCGUUAAACCCG